UAUUGCCAACCAAUUAUUAUUUUGCUAUGGAAAAUGUAUUUACUUCUCAAAUGUGGUAUGUGGCCAUAUGUUUUCAAGUCAUGUAGGACUAAUCAAUGAAAGGGAUACCACGGCGCCUCCCACUCGGUGCAUUAAAACGCCUAUUUCUUGCAUCUCAAAGACAGCGUUUAACGUUACUAACGUUAGUUUACUUGCCUACUAUAUUCUGUUUGUGCUUCGGAUUGCCAAAUGUGUUAACUACAUUGCUGGGAGGAACCCAGAGUCAACAUAUCCACCCUUUAAAGGACAUGGAGAAAGGGUAACAUCAUGUGCAGUACCGAGAUGAGAGGGCGAAGGAGCAUGUGAAGAUGUCCCUAAAGACUGCUAAAAGAUGGUGCUUUAGACUGUUCGCUGUUGUACUGUUCUUAGUCUCCUACUACUGCUCCCACGUUUUCAUUCAGAGUUAUGGAGGCACCAGCAAGUCUCCUUUGACUCCUAGCAAGUCACUGUGUGGUGGCUGGCUAAUGCAGAAGAAGUGGGAGAGCCUCAAUUUUAACAUUAGCAGACAAACAGAGCUCUUCUUCAAACUGGAUGAUUUCUUCUGGCGACAACAUCAGUCCACAUUAGCGUUGCCCUACGGUAUUAAAGGAAGUGAGUUACUGCUGCUGAGAGUGUUAGCCAUUAUUGCCAAUUACAAAAUGCCGGCCAGCAUUGAUCGUCUAGACUGCAGAACAUGUGCAGUCAUAGGAAAUGGGUUUGCCAUUAAAAACAGCUCCUUGGGGGGCGUCAUCAACGAGUAUGAUGUGGUGAUUCGGCUGAAUGAUGCCCCUGUCAGAGGUUAUGAGGAUGACGUGGGGAACAAGACCACUAUGCGUCUCUUCUACCCUGAGUCGGCCUCCUACAACCCCAGCAUGCACAACGACCCCGACACCCUUAUGGUCCUAGUGCCUUUCAAACAGCAGGACCUCCGCUGGCUCAAAGAGAUCCUGUACGACGAGAAGAGGGUGAGGAAAGGUUUCUGGAAGCCCCCUCCACAGAUCUGGCUGGGCAGGACCAGUCGCAUCCGGGUGCUGGACCCUCACUUCCUGCAUAGGACGGCCAGCAGUCUGCUACAAAUCCCACUUCAACCAAAGAGCAAACAGCGAGCCCCUGUGUCAGAGACUGAGGCUGUGCACUCUUUGGACUGCUGAAAUGCAAACACAACUGGCUGGUGUCUGUGCCGAGGGAACAGUGGGAAAGUCCUGCAGGCGAUCAGCGGGGCAGCCCGAGCAUAGCACUCCUCCAUCUGCGUGGCCCUACAGGCAAGAUGAGCUCAACCUUGGCUGGCUGUCUCCUGGCUGGCUGGGUGUCUGGCUGGAGGGCGUAGGCUGUUUACUCUGAGCGAGAACAGGAACAGGAACCAUGCCGAGCACUCGAUCCUGGCCCCUUUGCCCUCAUUCCCCUCUCCCCUGUCACUUUCCUGGGUCACGGGCCCGACCGCAGCCCCACAUCCCCAAUGCCAAACUCUCACCCCCUCCCUGUGGCUGCCAUGUUGGCAGUCAUCCACAUGCCCUGUGAGAAGGCAGCAGCAGCAGGCAGUCCCCCUGGUUACAAUACAGAGGCUGACUGAGCUGAGGAGAGCUAGAGGGCUAACUAAUGCCCCUGUCGGUCAGACAGCCCCCACCGCCACCCCCUUCCAAAACAAAGGUCCGACUCCCACCAAUCUGGUCUGUUUGGCGAACAGCAGUGACAAUAUUCACCUCACCAAGGCUCCAUGGGCCAAUGUCCAAACUAUGCGAGGCACUACAGAAGUUGGAGCGCUCGGUGACCGACCACAUGAGACUAAUGCACACAGAAUGUCAGAUUUAGCAGAGCCAGGCUCAGGAAGAAAAGGCACUUAUGCUAAGUGCAUUAGGAACCAGGUUUGGAGGAAUGUCCCGUACAGUGUGAUGAAGAGAGGAGAAGCACAGGUUUGAGAACUUGGUUUCUCCAGUUUCUCUCUCCUUAGGGCACAAGUAAUGGCUGUCCAGGUCAGACAGCAUGCUUGUAAAGCCCUGCAGGAUUCACUGAAUGACUCACUCACUGACUCACUGACUGACUGACUGACUCACUCACUCACUCACUCACUCACUCACUCACUCACUCACUCACUCACUCACUCACUCACUCACUCACUCACUCACUCACUCACUCACUCACAUUUACCUUGGAAAGGCUCCUGCACUCAGUAUUGGCCAUUUUGAAGGUUUUAUGUAUUGUUGUUUUAUUUGUAUUUUAUUUGGCUGAUUUAUACUGCAGACCCACAGCACCUCAGUAGGGUUUUAUUGGAAGGAAUUGAGAAAGCAGUAGGCGGGAAUAAUGUGCCUGAACAAGAAGCUUCCUUGGAAAUGGUGGGUAGAUGAGUAAACUAAGGUUAAUGAUUACAUGGAACAGGUAAGGGAGAGGCGGGUAAGUUGAGCCAAAGGGAUAAGUUAAGUCACCCCAUCAUUUCAGUCUGUGAAGGAAGAAACCACAUGGAAAAAGUGGUAAACAACUUAGGGCCAAAAAACUGAUUUUCACCAAGUCAAAUGAAUUUAUUGUGUUAGAGGUUUCACGAUGCUUGUAUCUAAAAUACUUUUAAGAUUGUUCUUAAAGGCAUUAUCUCUGGAAUCAAAUCAAAUGCUAUUUGUCAAAUGCGCCGAAUACAACAUACCUUAUAGUGAAAUGCUUACUUACAAGCCCUUAACAACAAUGCAGUUUGAAGAAAAAUGCCUAAAGAAAGUAUACAUAAAAUAACAAAUAAUUUAGAGAGCAGCAGUAAAAUAACAAUAGCGAGGCUAUAUACAGGGGGUACCGGUACAGAGUCAAUAUGCGGGGGCACAGGAUAGUUGAGGUAAUUGAGGUAAUAUGUACAUGUAGGUAGAGUUAUUAAAGUGACUAUGCAUGGAUAAUAACAGAGAGUAGCAGCUGCGUAAAAGAGGGGGGGGGCAAUGCAAAUAUUAAUUUGAUUAGAUGUUCAGGAGUCUUAUAGCUUGGGGGUAGAAGCUGUUUAGAAGCCUCUUGAGCCUAGACUUGGCGCUCCGGUACAGCUUGCCUUGUGGUAGCAAAGAGAACAGUCUAUGACUAGGGUGGCUAGAGUCUUUGGCAAUUUUUAGGUCCUUCCUCUGACACCGCCUAGUAUAGAGAUCCUGGAUGGCAGGAAGCUUGGCCCCAGUGAUGUACUGGGCUGUUCGCACUACCCAUUGUAGUGCCUUGCGGUCAGAGGCCGAGCAGUUGCCAUACCAAGCAGUGAUGCAACCAGUCAGGAUGCUCUCGAUGGUGCAGCUCUAGAACUGUUUGAGGAUCUGAGGACCCAUGCCAAAUCUUUUCUGUCUCCUAAGGGGGAAUAGGUUUUGUCGUGCCCUCUUCAUGACUGUCUUGGUGUGCUUGGACCAUGUUAGUUUGCUGGUGAUGUGGAUGCCAAAGGAACAAAGCUCUCAACCUGCUCCCCUGCAGCCCUGUCGAUGAGAAGGGGACGUGCUCGGUCCUCCAUUUCCUGUAUUCCACACUCCUCUCCUUUGUCUGGUUCACGUUGAGGGAGAGGUUGUUGUCUUUGCACCACACGGUCAGGUCUCUGACCUCCUUCGCUUAGUGAUUAGCUUUGAGGGCACUAUGGUGUUGAACGCUGAGCUGUAGUCAAUGACAAUGCAGUAAUAACCAACGAAUAAUCUAGCUAACAAUUCCAAAACUACUACCUUAUACACAUAAGUGUAAGGGGAUAAAGAAUAUGUACAUAAAGAUAUAUGAAUGAGUGAUGGUACAGAGCGGCAUAGGCAAGAUGCAGUCGAUGGUAUUGAGUACAGUAUAUACAUAUGAGAUGAGUAUGUAAACAAAGUGGCAUAGUUUAAAGUGGCUAGUGAUACAUGUAUUACAUAAAGAUGCAGUAGAUGAUAUAGAGUACAGUAUAUACAUAUGAGAUAAAUAAUAUAGGGUAUGUAAACAUUAUAUUAAGUGGCAUUGUUUAAAGUGGCUAGUGAUAUAUUUUACAUCAAUCCCAUCAAUUCCCAUUAUUAAAGUGGCUGGAGUUGAGUCAGUGUGUUGGCAGCAGCCACUCAAUGUUAGUGGUGGCUGUUUAACAGUCUGAUAGCCUUGAGAUAGAAGCUGUUUUUCAGUCUCUCGGUCCCAGCUUUGAUGCACCUGUACUGACCUUGCCUUCUGGACGAUAGCGGGGUGAACAGGCAGUGGCUCGGGUGGUUGUUGUCCUUGAUGAUCUUUAUGGCCUUCCUGUGACAUCGGGUGGUGUAGGUGUCCUGGAGGGCAGGUAGUUUGCCCCCGGUGAUGCGUUGUGCAGACCUCACUACCCUCUGGAGAGCCUUACGGUCGUGGGCGGAGCAGUUGCCGUACCAGGCGGUGAUACAGCCCAACAGGAUGCUCUCGAUUGUGCAUCUGUAGAAGUUUGUGAGUGCUUUUGGUGACAAGCCAAAUUUCUUCAGCCUCCUGAGGUUGAAGAGGUGCUGCUGCACCUUCUUCACGAUGCUUUCUGUGUGGGUGGAACAAUUCAGUUUGUCUGUGAUGUGUACGCCGAGGAACUUAAAACUUACUACCCUCUCCACUACUGUUCCAUCGAUGUGGAUAGGGGGGUGUUUCCUCUGCUGAUUCCUGAAGUCCACAAUCAUCGCCUUAGUUUUGUUGACGUUGAGUGUGAGGUUAUUUUCCUGACACCACACUCCGAGGGCCCUCACCUCCUCCCUGUAGGCCGUCUCGUCGUUGUUGGUAAUCAAGCCUACCACUGUUGUGUCGUCCGCAAACUUGAUGAUUGAGUUGGAGGCGUGCGUGGCCACGCAGUCGUGGGUGAACAGGGAGUACAGGAGAGGGCUCAGAACGCACCCUUUGUGGGGCCCCAGUGUUGAGGAUCAGCGGGGUGGAGAUGUUGUUACCUACCCUCACCACCUGGCGGCGGCCCGUCAGGAAGUCCAGUACCCAGUUGCACAGGGCGGGGUCGAGACCCUCGAGCUUGAUGACGAGUUUGGAGGGUACUAUGGUGUUAAAUGCUGAGCUGUAGUCGAUGAACAGCAUUCUCACAUAGGUAUUCCUCUUGUCCAGAUGGGUUAGGGUAGUGUGCAGUGUGGUUGAGAUUGCAUCGUCUGUGGACCUAUUUGGGCGGUAAGCAAAUUGGAGUGGGUCUGUAAUGUUUACAUGAAUUCUGAUUAUUUCCAGGGAUACACAACAUUCUGAAAUAUAUGUAGAUAUCUUUGUGGGAAGGUAUACUAUAUUUCCCUUGAUGGGAGUGAUGCUGAAUGUAAAAAAAGGCUCAAUCUAACCUACUCUUUGGAAAAGGGGAUUUUAAUCCCCCUCACAGCUCUCAUGUAGAAACAAUUUCCCUCUGCUGCCUCUGUGAACAUUGGUAAUCAUUAUUUACACAUAGCAGUUUUAUUUAACCUUUAUUUAACUAGGCAAGUCAGUUAAGAACAAAUUCUUAUUUACAAUGACGGCCUACCAGAAGGCAAAGGCCUCCUGUGGGGGCGGGGGCUGGGAUUAAAAAUACAAAAUUAAAAUAAAUAUAUUCGACAAAACACACAUCACGACAAGAGAGACACCACAACACUACAUAAAGAGAUACCUAAAGACAACAACAUAGCAAGGCAGCAACGCAUGAAAACACAGUAUGGUAGCAACACUUGACAACAACAUGGUUGCAACACAACAUGGCAGAAGAACAACCAUGGUAGCAGCACGAACAUGGUACAAACAUUAUUGGGCACAGACAACAGCACAAAGGGCAAGAGGGUAGAGGCAACAAUACAUCAUGCGAAGCAGCCACAACUGUCAGCAAGAGUUUCCAUGACUGAGUCUUUGCAUGAAGAGAUGGAGAUAAAACGUCCAGUUUGAGUGUUUUUUUGCAGCUCGUUCCAGUCGCUAGCUGCAGCGAACUGAAAAGAGGAGCUACCUAGGGAUGUGUGUCCAUGAACGGAAUCAAACCAGGGACACCCCUCACAUUGUACUGGAGACAAAAAGUCAAAAAUCCUAGUACCAUCUCGCUUUGUCUAAGUACACAUUAAGAAAAGGGUACACUGCUCUGUAAUUUACUUGUCAUGCCAACUAAUGUACUAGAAAUGCAGGACUAUGGGAGUUUUUACUGGUCUCGGAUGCCCCCUACUGUUUCAAACAUAAUACUACAUGUAUAUUACUUAAGCAAAAAGCCACGAGGGGGUGUGGUAUAUGGCUAAUAUACCAUGGUUAAGGACUGUUCUUAGGCGUGACAGCAUCGCAAAGUUGGCCAAAUACCACAAACUCCCGAGGUGCCUUAUUGCUAUUAUAAACUGGUUACCUACUUAAUUAGAGGAGUAAAAUGAAAUGUUUUGUCAUACACGUGGUAUAUGGUCUGAUAUACCACGGCUGUCAGCCAAUCAGCAUUCAGGGCUGGAACCACACAGUUUAUAAUAUACUGUAGGUCUCAUUGGUUUUGGUUCUCACUC